ACAUCAAGUAUUGCUCUCAAUUACUCUCAGUUUAAUGUGAAAUCGUCUAGCGUGAACAUCGAACUUUCCAAUAUUUAUUGAUUUCUUUUCGUCCUCAACUAGAGGAUUUCUACAAGUUUUCCACAUAAAAAAAUUAGAAGUUUUUCUCUAUUUUGAGCUGCAAUACACAAAAGAUGAUUUAUUACGCCGACCGUGAAAUAAUCGAUCAGAAUCAGUCGUGUUUAAACUUGGGAUGUGCUGGAAAAUUUAUUGCAUUCAUUGAGCUUGUGUUUUAUUCUUUUAUUUUCUUCUCAGUACAAAGCUGUAUGAGUGGUGAAAUCGGAAAAUUGUACAUUCUCGCCACGGUACUCGGACUCCUCUCAAUUUUCUCCGUUUCACUAUGCAUCGGAGUCAUAAAUCAGAAUCGAAUGUUCAUAUCAUUGUGGAUUUGGCUCAAAUACUCUGUGAUUGUGUUACAAGUCAUUCGUUUCAUAUCGUUGAUCAUUGAACUCGCUGCUAGUGACAAAAACCCAGCAGGAGCUUCACCGAUUUUCGAGCUGCUGUUUUUAGGUUACAACGUCUUUGCACUCAGCAUAAUUCUAGAGCUUGUGGAGGAAAUUGAGCCUUACACUUUUAAAAGAUUUCAGUACGUAAGAGUGUAAGCUUGAGAUGUAAAGAGACAGCUGUGAGAAUUUUGUUACGUUUCAUGUAUUUUUUACUUUAUUUUUCGAAACAACUUUGAAGAAUGUUUAUAAGGAUUUGAAUAACAAGAAUAGAAAUAUAUUUUUUUGUGUAGAAAUAAACUGAAAAAAACCGCUAGACCUUCUGUCAGAAUUUCAUACUUGAAAGCAGAGAACAAGCAUAGAAGGAUUAAAUAUUUCAAGC